AUCAGAGGCAUCACUGUGGGAUUGUUCAGGAUUGUGGGUAAUGAAGUACUUAUCCAAGACAUCGCGAAUAAAAGACGUUUAUCUCAAAACAAAGUUGGUGCCCCAUGAUUUUUGGCGUCUAUAUGAGCAUAGAAUCGCUUAGCUAGUCACGUCGCCAUGCUGGUUUUAAGUCUACCAUCGACGGUUACCAUUUUAUGGUUUAUACUUCAAUUUGUCAAAGGAGAAAUUGCAUUGCAUUUUUACUUCCGGAACCCGCUGUGGGCGGGAUGCAGACGGAUGCAGACCGCGGAUUUCAAAAAAGAAUAACGACUGGUUCAGUAGCAAGACGUAACGUUCAAAAAACAUCAACGGAUGCACAUUAAAACACACUGUGAACAUCAUGACAUCCAUUACUGAUCCAAACGUGAGCAACGUGUUCGCCAGUGCAAUGGAGGAGAUUCACAACAAACAGCUUAAAACAUUUGGGGAGAUAAUUGACAUGACUACAGACUUGUGCCAGUCCCACAGACAGUUUGUGAAGUCUGCACAUGAUUCAUGUUUAAAGAAAUGUAAGGACGAUGAAAUGCUGUUUGAGAAAAUACGGACAUUCGAAAGAGACUUGGUACAAAAAAAUGCAUCAUUGAAAAGGAAACAGCAUGCCAUUUCUGAAAUGAUAUCUGAGAUUCAGCAGAAGGAGAUGCAGAAAGACGACAUCAUCCAGAAGAUAGAGAAACUUAAACAAGAGCAAGCCAAGAGAAAAGAGUUAAUCGAGUCUCAAUAUAAAACUAACAAAAACAGACUGAGGAAUCUCCAGAAAGCCAGAGCAGUCUUUCAGGAUCAUUUGGACAUGGAGAUGCGAACAAUCUCUGGCAAAACACAAUUGGUUAAAGGUGAAAAGCUGCAGUUUGUUUUCCGGAAUAUCAGCCCUUCAGAUCAGGACAGCGCCUACGUUGUCACAAUUGGGAUUAAAGAAGACGGAUCAUACCAGAUUGUGUCGAGUGACCCCGUGCUCAAGUGUUUGUCAGUCCUGGAAAGCCGGCUUCAGGAGACCAAUAACUUCCCAGCAUUCCUGGCAAACGUCAGGAAGGAGUUUAUCUCUCUGGCACGCUGCUAAGAUUGAAAGGCUGGGAGGAUAAAAUACAAUUCAAGAAACGUCUUGCUGCAAUGUGGACUAAUGUAAGAAGCACAGCUUUCAGUCUGUAUCUACAGUACAGGUCUGUAAACAAAACAAACUGCCUUGUCAAGACUAAUACAUAUGGAUUUAUUAUACAUUUCUGUGGGCAAUAAGUAAAAAGCUAUUUAAAAAAAAUCUGGACUUCUCAUAAUCACUGGUAUUUGUUUGAACAAAUUGUCUCAUUAUUGAGCAUAGUUUCACAAUUUAGUGGAAACUGCGUAUUUGACAUUGUUUCAAAGAAGUUUGGCGUAGAGAGAACAGAUGUUCUGGGGAAAAUAUCUCUAAAUCCUGAAACAUUCACCAGUUUACCGUAGAUGCUCUAUAAAGUAAAAGAUGAAGAUGGAUAAAGUAAUUGCUCAGUCA